AUGGAGCAUGCCAACAAUGGAACGUCUCGCAAACAGCACGGCCCGAUAGAGCAUGUCUCGCAACGAAGCGAGGCCGAUAGUGGUGAAGUAGCUCAUCACACAAACCACUCACAGCGGCGCGCCCAUGAUCGAGCACCUGACUAUUCAACGCAAGCCAGUCAGACCGACCCUUCCGACCGCAUCAUUCAGCAAUCUACUCCUCUCUCUCACAAUCAUCCUUCGACAACCUUCAAAUUCCGCACAAAUGAAGAAGGCUAUCCUGUUUUGCCGUCCGACCAAGUCGCCGAGCCCGCACACGAAGCCGAGGAAAAUUGGCACCUUUUUGGGCGGUUCCGGCAGCUGUACACCGGAAAGAAAGAUGGAGAUCUGAGGCACGACUGUGAGGUGAACGGGCUGGCGACGUACGGCAGGACGGAGCAGCUUGUUGAGCGUUUGGCUGAGAAGGCACUGAGGGAUUACCGCAGAGGUUUUUCCGGGACGUAUGAGAUAGUGGGGAGGAUGACGUGGAGGAACCCUCCAUCGCCUCCGCAGGAAGACGGUGGUAGAGCUGAAUAG